AAGUCUGAAGCUCUAAAGCAAGCAAGCGAGGCGAGCAAGGAGGCACCUUGAGCUUGCGGAUUAGGAUUAGCUCCGGGAAAAGGAAGCUGGGGAAGAGAGCAAGGAAUGAAUGGAGCGAGAUACCAAACCCUUGCCUCCCCCAACCUUACCAUACUUCCCUCUCUGCUUUGCACCCAUGCCACUCCAGUAUUAAUCCCUUCCAGUUCCACCCGGGCAUCGCCGGCACGGCGGCGCCGGAGCGAGCAGCAAUGGACGGGAGCGCAGAGCCAGCCCACGGCGCCCCUCAUGCCGCUGCCUCUCCGACAGGCGGCGAGGUGGCGCAGCACGGCCACGGGUACAAGAGGCGGCACGGCGUGCAGCGGAUCCGGCAGGAGGAGCGGAGCUGGAGCUCCGGCCUGGUGUGGCUUCUGGUGAUCCUGUGCACGGUGCUGACCAUCGGCGUGAUCGUGACGGGCGCCACCGUGUUCGCCGUGUACCUGCUGUACAAGCCCACGACGCCGUACCUGCUGGUCUCGUCCGCGCGGCUGGAGACGCUGGCGUACGACCAGUCGGGCACCAUCCGCGACCUGCAGCUGGCGCUGACGGUGCUGGCGGAGAACUCCAACUCGCGCACCGACGCCACCUUCUCCCGCGUCAACCUCGCCGUGGGCUUCCGCGGCGCCGAGGUGGCGCUGCUCCGCGCGGGCACCUUCGCUGUGCCGCGCCGCAGCUCCUUCCCGCUCCGCUACCAGGUCGUGUCGGCGGGGCGCCAGCUCAGCCCCGAGGGGAUGGAGUACAUGGCCGGCGCGCUCCGGGCGGGCGUCGUCCCGCUCGACCUCUUCGGCAAGGCGCGCACCACCUGGAAGGUCGGCAUCUUCGCCUCGCUCCAGUUCUGGACGCGCAUCUCCUGCCGCUUCCUCUUCUUCUACCCCGGCAAUGGCACCGCCAUGCCCAUCGACUGCCGCUCCAGGUCGCCGUAGCGUCCUCCUGGCAGCCAGGCAGGCGUCACCCAUUGUUCACCUGCUCUGUCUCUGCCUGCAGUCUCCUCUGCAGCUACGCGUUUGUUCUGUCAUUCAUUUGUUCAUUCCCUCAGGCUCAGCAACACAAUUUGACACAUGCGCCAUUCUUGUACAGACCAAAAAUAAUAAUAAUACUGGUACGGUACAGUGCAUAGAUCGACAGAUACUCCUACUGUGCAGGAACACUAACAACAACAACAAUUGUUGAAUUAGUUCACUUCGGUGCCAUCGACUUGUGAAUUGUGAUGAAAGAAGAUGUAUAACAAAUUUCUUGAGCAUUGCUGAUU